AUGCCAGAGGUCAAAGUCAAAAAGGUCGAACCACGUGCCGAGCGGGAAGAGCUGGAGAUGUCGUCAUGUCAAAAAGGCUCAACAUCGGCGCCUACGCACGUCAAAACUCGACUCAAUCAAAAUGGGGAAGAAAAAAAACGUGACAAAAGUGAAGAAUCUAUUCGAAAAAAGAUAAGUAAAUUGGAAAGUAAACUGCAGAAUCGUCGAAGAAUAAUUUCAUCAGACGAAGAUAUUCAGAGUCCAUGCGAAGACCAGUUUCUACAAGCAGACAAGAUGACAGGUGUGCUCACACCAUGUGAUGCACCCUGUUCGCCCCAUACAGUGGAGACACACAAUUCUGAGCAUCAAGAUGGUUCUCAGCUUUUCCCUGCAGACCCAGCUACAGAAACAAUAGAAACUGUUGACGAUAAGCUAGAUGAGGGUAUUUUAGAAAUACUUGGGAAUGCACCUGAACCAGACACCACGCUAGGAAAACCUAUCCAUAAGGACAUAGCUGCCAGAUGGAUUGAGGUAUUAAAGAAAGGAUUAAAUAAGGAACAAAAAGAUCUAUUGGCCAAGGAAUAUUUAGUUCCUAGUAACUGCGAGUUACUCGUGCCACCUGUUUUAAAUCCUGAAGUAAAAGUUGCUUUACUUGAACAAUUUAUAAAAAGAGACACUUCUUUAAUGAACAGACAAAAACGAUCCGCCAAUGCUAUUUCUGCGCUAGGUCAAUCCAUUGAAAUUAUUAUUUCUACAAAUUGUGAGCAAGGGUUA